AUGACCGAUUCGCCACCACAUCAACAUCAACAACUGCCAAUCCGCAGAAUCCUAACAGCGAAGGAUCUUGAGAUAUUUCAAGAAUCUUCAACUCAUGAACUCAUCUUUGGCUUUAUUUCAGAACUAAAUACUGCCGCUACAGGCAAACCUAAUGAUACCGUUCUUGAAUUGUCUCCUGUGAUAGACGCUCUUCUCGGCCUGCUGGACAUUGUCGAGGAUCUCGUCAAUAAGCACCCUCCAGCAGAUGCAGUGUCUUCACGCUUUGGAAAGCCCGAAUUUCGCGACUUUUACGAUGAUUUCAAGAGCCAAGCUCCGGCUCUUCUUGAAAAGCAUAUUCCAAACAUUCCUGCAGAUAAAAUUCCAGAAAUUUCUGCUUACUUAUGCGAAUCCUGGGGGAACCGCACUCGAAUCGACUAUGGAAGUGGCCACGAGCUCAACUUCAUAUCAUUUCUACUGUGUCUCAAACAACUUAACGUCAUUGAAAUGACGGGCGAUCUCCCUACAUCUCUCGUUUUGCGCGUGUUUGUGCGGUACGUGGCGGUCAUGCGCCGUAUACAAACCGGCUACUGGCUAGAACCAGCAGGGUCCCACGGAGUGUGGGGUCUCGACGACUACCACUUUUUGCCCUUUCUUUUUGGAUCCGCACAACUUGCCACCCACAAGCACCUGCGGCCGUCCUCCAUCCACGAUCGCGAUCUUGUUGACAUGUAUGCUUCUAAGUACAUGUACUUCGAUGCGAUCCAUUUUAUCAACUCAGUCAAAACAGUGGCGUCUCUACGCUGGCACUCCCCUAUGCUUGAUGAUAUCUCUGGUGUCAAGAAAUGGAGCAAAGUCAACGAAGGCAUGCUGAAAAUGUACAAGGCUGAAGUUUUGGGUAAGCUGCCAAUUAUGCAGCACUACAUGUUUGGGUCCAUUAUCAAAGCCCCAGAUGGCGUGUCGCCACCCUCAGCUACAGGUGCUGAAGAUGCCCCACACGUCCACAACCAUUGGGCCGACUGCUGUGGCAUUAAGGUGCCGAGCGCCAUUGCUGCUAGUGCUAUGGAAAAGAAGGAAGAUCAUUUCAGAUCUGCAAUGAUUCCUUUUGAUUAA